GUCCGCAUUGUUGUAUGAUCGAGAUUUAGGGUUUAGAGUGUUCCUCCGCCAUGGGCGAUCUAGCGCUCGUCGCGGCGAGGCUUAGCUCGCCGUCCACCAAGGAGCGCGUCUCCCUCUUCCGCGCGAGCUUGUCAUCGUUGCUCGAUUUGCCAGACGAGCACGCGGUGGAUCACGUCCCCGAGCUGGUUGCGAUUGUUCUCGCGACGCUGCAUCUCUACGAUGAUCGCGCCUCGCAGCUGGCAGUGGACUCGGUGAUAAUCAAGGCGCUCAAGCUGCCAGCUUUCGUCAAGGCUUUCACUGGCGCGCUUGUCCAGGCGGCCGAGAGGAACGCCAAAGUGUGUACCGCCUCCACGCAGCUCAAGCUCCUGCGAUGGACGUGCUUUCUCGUGAGUUUUGCUCCCGCGGUUGUGUCCGCCAGGAAUGCGUUCUCCAGGAUUGCUGCGGUCCAGUCUUCGCUGCUCUUGGCACUCUCGCAGGCACGGUAUCGUUUGAGGCUAGCUUCCAAGGCUUUGCUGCUUCGCUCACUGAUCCAGGUGAAUGGCUUGUACGAGAACUACGUCUCUGAGCUUGAGGCCUCGCCCUCGGAGAGAAGCGGGCUCAUUUCUGUGCUUCUGGAGUUCGCUACAAGGGAUCCAGCUCUUCUUUCGGUGAAGAAGGCCUUUUUUGUCGAUCUUUACGUGAAGUUGGUACUUGGAUCGCGAGAGAAGCCUUCGAAGGCGAUCAGCGAAGCGUUUGAGCCACUUUUCAAGCACCUGUCGCAUGAUCAAUUCGGGGGAGUGGUCGUGCCGGCUGCAGUAAGGAUGCUCAAGAGGAGCCCUGAGAUUGUUCUGGAGGCCGUUGGAGUUCUUUUGAAGCAGACACCGCUGGAUUUGAGCAGAUACACAGGCGAGUUUCUACCCGUGGUUUUGCUCCAAUGUCGACAUAACGACGAGGGAAGGCGAAGGGAAGCGCUGCAAACUCUCAGCUGGAUUGCACAAAAGUCGGGUGACACAGACUCGCUGUUAACAAUGGUCCAAGCCAUCAAGUCCAUACUGGGAGGCUCUGAGGGUAAACUGACGUUCGUCUACCAAAGACUGGGGUUGAUCUAUGCGUUGCGCGCCAUUUGUGGCGCUGGACAAGGCAAAGCGGUUAUUCACGCUGCAGGUGUUAUCAGCCCGGUGCUUAUUUCUCUGUACAAAGACGAUGGAAACGAGGAAGUCCGAGUGGCCAUUCUAUCGUCACUAAGUUCAUCGCUUGGAAAAGCCGAGCGUAACUUGCCAGCUGAAUGCUCAAGUUUUUUCUCGGCUGGACUUAAAGAGAAAGAAACUAUGAGAAGGGCACACUUGCGUUGUCUUCGCCAGGCAUUUUUCAAUGAAGAACUUCCGAUUCUUGCGUUCCCGCUAGUUGAUCAGCUGAUCCAACUCGCCAAAACUGGCAUAGGAAAACCUGCACAAAGAAUAGACGGGAUUUAUGCUCUUCUUUUGCUACUCAAGAUUGCAUCCAUCGACAGCAGAGCUGAUGACAAGCUGCUCAAGGAAAAGAUCAUUUCGUCAAUAACGAUUCCCGAAUCUACGUUUUUCUCGACAGUUAAUUUGAAAAUGCAAACGGAAGACUGCAGUGCUUUGAUAGAACUUCUUGAAGAUUUUUCAAAUUAUCAGCUCUCCAGAGGAAGUAACGAGGGGCUAACUGAACGUUCCAAGAGCCUCGUAAGCUUUCUUUGGCACCAGUCAUGGGAUGUAAGAAGAGCUGCAGCAGCUGCUGUCGGGCGUCUACAAGUAGCGUCUUUAGCAUAUGCGAAGGAGCUUUUCGAGUCCUUUUUGAAUUGGCUUCCCACUUUACAUGACCAGCUUCAUUCGCAAAUGCGUGGAAUCGAGAAUGAUAGUUCGCCUUUAGAGGUUCCUUCAUCAGAUAUUCUUUCUAAAGCACUACUAUCACUAGGAUGUACAUCACUAGUGCGGGAUCCCUUGUAUUGUACGCAUUUCCUAAUAGCUUUUCACCACGACUGUAUCUUGCGUGGUCAAAAGUAUAAUCCAUAUUGGAAGGACUUUGCAAGACGCAUAAAUAAACAAGACGGGGAACGUUCCCUUCGUGCCGUCCUAAGAUCUGAUCCCGGUGCUGUCUGGAAGGUCCUGGCCGGGGCGAACGGGUUGACCAGUGAACAACCGGCCAUUUCAAAGGCAGCAAUCGUUGCGCUUGGUUUAGUCAUGCAAAUGAUACCUGAUGAAAUGUUCAAUCAUUUUAUCCAUGGUGUAAAGGAUCUAGCGGAUUGGAGCUCUCACAAUGGUCUCAAUGCCAGCGAUAUCAAGAUAUUCAACACUCCUGAAGGUGUUCUGUCUACUGAAGGCGGGGUGUAUGUUGCGGAAGUGGUGGUGGAUAAAAAUGUCAAGCAGGCAAAAGGUCGAUUCAAAAUGUAUAAUGAAUCCGGAAAUGGAAAGGACACAAUGGCGAAGUCUGCUUCCCGGCCGUCUGCGCCUAGAGACGUGAGUAAAGCUUCUAAAAAGACUGGUGAAUCGAAACCAACUAAAGAAGAAGCUAGAGACUAUCUUUUAAAAGAAGAGGCUAUUGUCCGUUCCAGAGUAUGCCAUCUAAGGACGCGGUUCACUGUGGUUCUAAGAGCUAUUGCAGCUGUUGCGGAUGCCAAUUUAUGUUUUGUGCAUGAUCAUCUUCCUGCUUUGAUCCCACUUGUCCUUCCGCUUCUGAAGUCGCCAAUUGUUAGCGAUGAAGCGUUCCAUACGAUGGUCAAAUUAACGGGAUCGGUGACUCCAGCACUCAGAUACCUGGCAACUGAUAUUGCAGCUGCUAUGAAAAUAUUGGUGUCGUCGUUUUCUCUACAAAUUUACUUGGAUGAGGAGAAAGGCGUUGUUCAGAGAGUGAUCACGGGAAUUGUGAGCGCUUGCGAGCGUGAACCAUUCCCCGCGGAGUCUUUCACUCUAGUUUUUCCGAUUGUUGAGCAAGUCCUGCUCCAAACCAAGAAAACUAAAUUUCAUGACGGCCUACUUCGUGUCUUGUCAAUCCAUUGCUCUCCUCAAAUGCAUGUACCGCGCUCAAAAAUGAUUUCGGUGCUGUAUCAUGUGCUUGGUUUAUUUCCAAGUUAUCAAGCUGUGAUUCUCCCAAUUUUGAAUGAGUUGUCCCGCGGUAUUAGUCCAGUAGAUUUGCCAGAGACUCUCGCUGGUGUUUAUUCCAAGUACGCGCAUGUACGAGUUGCGUGCUUAAGCUCGACCAGAUCGGUACCUGUAUUUGCUAAAGGUGCAGUGCCUCACAACGCCGUUGUAGCAAGUGCACUGUGGAUUGCAUUAUACGAUCCUGAAAAGGUGGUAGCAGACAUUGCAGAGGAUAUCUGGGACCUUUAUGGGCAUGAUCUUGGAAAUGAUUAUGCCGCAGGCAUACUGGGAGCCUUGUCGCAUGUGAACUUAAAUGUUCGUCAAGCGGCUGCCACUGCGUUAGCUGCAGCCAUGGAGGAGUAUCCAAGCAGUACACAAGAAACACUAUCGGCUUUGUUUACCCUCUAUUCGAGGGAUCUUCCUAGUGAAGGGAAUCAGGUUGAUCCUGGUUGGCCUGGAAGACAAGGUGUAGCGUUGGCCCUCGAAGCAGCUGCAGACAUACUUACUGCCAAAGACUUACCAGUUCUAUCAACUUUUCUUAUUUCUCGAGCCUUGGCAGAUACGAACUCUGACGUCCGGUCUAAGAUGGUGGAAGCUGGCGUAGCAAUAAUCGAUAGACACGGAAAAGAUAGCAUUGCGGUUCUCCUCCCUAUAUUCGAAAACUAUUUAAGUAGAAAGGCAGUUGACGAAGAACGCUAUGAUUUAGUUCGGGAAGGUGUCGUGGUGUUCAUGGGGGCUUUGGCCAAACAUCUCUCUCAGGAUGAUCCAAAAAUACUUGUCAUUCUAGAAAGACUGCUCGAAAUGCUGAAAACUCCUUCAGAAUCAGUUCAACGUGCUGUGUCAAACUGCCUAGCUCCAUUAAUGCUGAUCCACCAGGUAUUUCACUUGAGUUUUUGGAUAAUUCAGCAACUUGAUAAUCAGGUGGAUUCUGAGAAACUCGCAAAAGACUUGCUUGAACAACUUGUGCAAUCGGAAAAAUAUGGAGAGCGCUACGGAGCUGCAUUUGGAUUGGCCGGGGUAGUAAAGGGGAAGGGGCUGUCUUGCCUGAAGAAGUUCCGUGUAAUGAAUGUCCUGAUAACUAGCAUUGAGGACAGAGACUCCGCAAAAGCUCGUGAGGGCGCAUUGCUAGGCUUCGAAUGCCUCUCCGAGAAACUUGGACGUCUUUUUGAACCGUACGUAAUACGAAUCCUACCAGAGCUGCUUGUGUGUUUCUCCGACUCCGUUUCAGCAGUACGCGACGCGGCUGAUCUAACUGCUCGGACUAUUAUGUCGCAACUUACCGGUCAAGGUGUUAAACUUGUUUUACCGGCUCUUUUGAAGGGGCUAGAAGAUCGAGCAUGGCGCACAAAACAGGGAAGUGUUCAACUGCUUGGGGCUAUGGCUUUUUGUGCUCCUCGGCAGCUCUCGCAAUGCUUGCCAACAAUUGUCCCGAAGCUUAGCGAGGUGCUCACCGAUACACACCCGAAAGUUCAAGCAGCGGCUCAAACUGCUUUACAGCAGGUGGGAAGUGUCAUAAAGAAUCCGGAGAUUUCGGCGCUUGUUCCUUUACUGCUAGUUGGAAUUUCUGAUCCGAAUGAACACACAAAAUCUUCUCUUGAUGCGCUAUUACAGACAAUAUUUGUUAAUACCGUGGAUGCUCCGGCCUUGGCUCUUGUGGUCCCUAUUGUUCAUCGCGGUUUAAGAGAGCGAAGUUCGGAGACGAAGAAAAAGGCCGCUCAGAUAGUUGGAAACAUGUGCUCCUUGGUUACUGAUUACAAAGAUAUGCUUCCAUACAUGCUAUUACUGCUUCCGGAGGUCAAAAAGGUUUUAGUGGACCCGAUUCCUGAAGUUCGUUCUGUUGCUGCAAAAGCUCUUGGCUCCCUUACCAAGGGUAUGGGAGAUGACAACUUUCCAUCACUAGUGCCGUGGCUUCUUGAGACGUUGAAGUCUGAAAAUAGUAGUGUCGAAAGAUCUGGGGCUGCUCAAGGCUUGAGCGAAGUUUUGGCUGCGUUAGGCAUGGAUUAUUUCGACAAGCUUCUACCGGAUAUCAUAGAAAAUUGUACGCACCCACGGGCUGCAGUACGUGAUGGUUAUCUCACGUUAUUUAAGUAUCUGCCGAGCUCCCUUGGUUUAUCGUUUCAGACUUAUCUGCCUCGUGUUUUACCAGCUAUUCUUGACGGACUGGCCGACGAAAAUGAAUCGGUCCGUGACGCGGCAUUGAGUGCCGGACACGUUUUUGUCGAACACUAUGCAACAACGUCAUUACCACAACUCCUUCCUGCUGUUGAGGAAGGGAUUUUUCAUGAUAAUUGGCGGAUACGACAGAGUUCUGUUGAGCUUCUUGGAGACCUUCUCUUCAAGGUGGCCGGGACGUCUGGGAAAGUUGUAUUGGAAGGAGGAAGUGACGAUGAAGGAGCAAGCACCGAAGCCCAUGGCCGUGCCAUUGUGGACAUUUUGGGAAGUCAGCGCCGGAACGAAAUUUUGGCUGCUCUAUAUAUGCUUCGGUCGGAUGUUGGUAUGACGGUUCGACAGGCAGCUUUGCACGUCUGGAAAACAGUGGUUGCGAACACCCCAAAGACUUUAAAAGAAAUAAUGCCGGUUCUUAUGAGCACACUCAUAUCAUCUCUCGCGUCAUCAUCUGCUGAACGCCGUCAGGUUGCAGGUCGAUCUUUAGGGGAGCUAGUUCGAAAAUUGGGAGACAGGGUUCUUCCAUCAAUAAUUCCGAUUCUUGCGCAGGGUCUGGAGGAUGAAGACGACGGCACGAGACAGGGAGUUUGUAUGGGGUUGAGCGAAGUUAUGGCUAGUGCUGGAAAACUCCAGCUUGUAACUUACAUGGGAGAACUAAUUCCGACUAUAAGAACCGCUCUCUGUGACAGUGUGAGUGAAGUACGAGAGGCAGCGGGACUUGCAUUCGGCACUUUAUUCAAGAGUGCUGGAAUGCAGGCGAUUGAUGAGAUUGUCCCAUCUCUUCUUGGUGCUUUAGAGGUCUCGGAAACAUCUGGCACAGCCUUAGAUGGGCUGAAACAGAUUUUAAGCGUUCGAACUGCAGCUGUUCUUCCACAUAUUUUACCCAAGCUCGUACAACCACCACUGACUGCGUUCAACGCCCAUGCUUUGGGAGCAUUGGCAGAAGUGGCUGGUCCAGGCUUGAAUGGUCAUCUUUCAACGAUUUUGCCGCCCCUAAUCGCGGCAAUGGAUUCAGAUGAAAUGGAUGUGGCUUCUUUUGCAAAGAGUGCGGGUGAAACAGUUGUUUUGGCUAUUGACGGAGAAGGACUUGAGUAUCUUCUCUCGGAGCUUGUCCGCGGCCUUGGUGAUACUCAGGCUUCAAUCAGGACAUGGUCGGCCUACCUUACGGGAUAUCUUUUCAAAAAUACAAAGCUGGACCUGAGCGACGAGCUGCCCAACAUUUUGACUACUCUGGUAGUAAUGCUCACUGAUGUCAACGACAAUACUGUUAAAGCUGUUUGGGAAGCAUUGGCGUCCGUGACUGCUACCAUAUCCAAAGAAAACCAACCGUCCUAUGUGAAAGUCUUACGUGAUGCUGUGUCCACUGCCCGGGACAAAGAGCGUCGCAAACGGAAGGGCGGCCCUGUCGUAAUUCCUGGGUUUUGUUUGCCAAAGGGACUGCAGCCGGUUUUACCUAUUUUAUUGCAGGGGCUCAUGAGUGGUUCUGCUGAUUUGAGAGAACAAGCAGCAGAGGGUAUUGGGGAGCUAGUUACCGUGACAAGUGAGGCUGCGGUUAAACCUUUUGUGGUGCCAAUAACGGGGCCUCUCAUUCGCAUCAUUGGAGACCGAUUCACCUGGCAAGUAAAGGGCGCAAUUUUAGGUACUCUGGGAAUUAUCAUCAGCAAAGGAGGCAUCGCUCUGAAACCGUUUCUUCCACAACUACAAACAACUUUUAUGAAAUGUCUUCAGGACAAUACGAGAAUUGUUCGAUCACGUGCAGCUGCAUCGCUUGGCAAACUAUCGAUACUAAGCACAAGAGUUGAUCCUCUUGUUGGGGAUCUUGUUACAGGACUUCAGUCUGCGGAAGGUGGAGUGAAAGGAGCCAUGCUGGUUGCUCUUAAGGGGGUCGUCAGGCAUGCCGGCAAAAGUCUGAGCUCGGCCGUUUUAGAUCGACUUACGGUUUUGUUACAAGACCUCUUAGCUACAGAAGAGGAGGAGCACAGGAUACUCGCCGGCAAAACCUUUGGUCUCGUUUCUCAGUUCGUUGUGGAUGACAGUUUCUCGGCAUUGCUUCAUGCCGUUCUAGUGCCUGGAACGUCUUGGACGUCGAGACAUGGCAUGACACUUGCUCUAGCAUCAAUAAUUCGUUACUCCCCUAGCCGCUUAUGUGCUUCACCAUCUCUGCAUUCAGCAUCACUUAACACCUUGAAAACCAGGGUCAAAGAUGACAAGGCUUCUGUAAGGGAGUGCUGUACACGGGCUUUUGGACGUCUGGUAGCCUAUGAGCUACAAUCUCGGCCCUCCGACGCCUUGAAGUCUUUGUCAGACGUGCUCCCUGUCCUUGUUGGCCUUCUUAACGACGAUGCCAGUGAUGUUAGGCGCGCGUCCCUUAGCAGCAUAAAGAUCAUAGCAAAGAUCAAACCAGACUCAUUGGCCGCGCGUAUAACUACCUUAGGACCAGCGAUUGCAGAGUCUAUGAAGGAUUCCAACACCCCCGUCCGAAUGGCGGCGGAGCGUUGCGCGUAUCAUGUUUUCCAGCUGAACAAAGGACCGGAAAAUACUCAGGUCGCGCAGAGAUACAUUACUGGUCUUGACGCCAGAAGAAUAGCCAAGCAGCCAGAGCAAAGUGACGACAGCGAUGCCAGUGAGAUUGAUCAAUAAGUAAGCAGGCAGAAUAUUUUUGUUCUAUAUUUUGCGUCCACUACUGGAGCGGGCCUCGAGUCCUUCUGUUCCGGUAAUCAUCACUAUCAUACUCAUAUACUUCCUGGUAUAAUAACAGCCGCAAGCCACCUUGUUUUGUA